AUGGCUACUCCAGCGGUCCUCCGACAGUGCUUCUUAGGGCUCGUUGCCCUGGUCUGCUUGUUCUUGGUACACCAGAGCUUUCAGGUGGCCGGGAGUAGUCGACUGAGCCUCCAAGGACGCAAUGUGGAUUCGAUUACUUCAUCACUACUCGGGUGGGAAGACACUUUGAACGUGAGCAUCGCUGAGCACAACUACCAGCUUUACAGUCGUGCCAAAGUACCGCUCACUUUCGAAAAGGCCAUCUCGAAGGGCCGCGGAAUCUACUGUCGGAGCGCAGGCGUGUGGACUCUCGCGGAUGAGCCUAAUCCCAGCUUCACUUAUGACGAUCUUGAGGAAUACUACUCAGAAAAGCCGUACAAUAGGUUUACGAGCGAAGAAUCGCUCGGACCAGCGCUACGGGAUCUGGGUCUGCCCUACACUGUCUCUACCAACGGAGGAGCGGAUGGUAACCUCGUCGGCAUGCUUUUCCAUCAGGAUAAAGGACCAAUACGGACCUAUAUGGAAUUCGGGAAUCCGAUGAGUGUUCGCAGUGGGAUCAUUGUGGCGGAGUCGAACUGGGGACCUUCUUCACAGGAGGGUACGACAGAAUUCCCUCCUUUGAAUCGAUGGUCCGAUAUCGCUUUUCUCGCCUAUCAGAAACUGGCGGAGGAAGGGGGCUCGAUCAAUGCACUUCAUGUGUGGGGGGCCUCCUCCUGUCUGGCCCGGAACUACCUUCAAGAUCAGCAAUAA